AUGGACGGCUACAACGGCACCGUCUUGGCCUACGGCCAGACCGGCGCUGGGAAGACCCACACCAUGACGGGGGGCCACAUGGGCUUCGCGGACCGCGGCAUUGUGCCGCGCGCCAUCUCCCAGAUCUACUCUGAGGCCGCAGCAAGACCAGAGAACAACAUCACCAUCAAGCUCUCCUACGACGUGGAGAUCUACAAUGAGUUGAUGUUCGACCUGCUCACGGAUGUAGGAGUGGCCGACCAGAGCGGCGACCUCUCCAUUGUGGAGGACUCACGAGGGAACAUCCAGGUGAGAGGGUUGUCCACGCCUGUGGGCGGCACAGAGGAGGAGGCGCUGCACAUCUUCUUCCAGGGAGACACCAAUCGGCAUGUGGCGGAGCACGCCUUGAACAAGGGGUCGACCCGGUCGCACGUGGUGUUCACCAUCUACGUGGAGAGCCGGUCCCGUGUGGAGUCCUCUGAAAAGGUAAUUUUCUCAAAGCUUCAUUUGGUGGACCUUGCGGGCAGCGAGCGAGUCAAGAAGACUGGCUCAGACGGAGUCAUGCUCAAGGAGGCCACCUUCAUCAACAAGUCGCUGACUUUUUUGGAGCAGGUUGUCGUCGCCUUGGGCAACAAGCACCGCGACCACAUCCCGUACCGGCAGUCAAAGCUGACGCAUAUGCUCAAGGACUCCCUUGGAGGCAAUUGCAAGACCACCAUGGUCGCCAACAUUUGGCCUGAGGCCAAGAUGUUGGAGGAGACCGCCAGCACCUUGCGCUUCGCCACGCGCAUGAUGAAGGUAUCCAACGAGGCCUCGGUGAACGUUCACUUGGACCCUCAGCUCCUCAUCAGGAAAUACGAGCGGCAGAUCAAGGACCUCAAGCAGGAGCUAGCUAUGCAUGACACCUUGGCGGGCAGAAGCCGCGUGCAGUACGAGGAGUAUGCACCAGAUGAGCAGAAGGAACUCGAGGACAAGGUGCAGAUGUAUCUGGAGGGCGAGUUGCAGGAGAUUGAGGUCACCAGCCUGCGCAUGGUGUACGAGUCCUUCACUUGUUUCCGGAAGCUGUACCAGAACCUGCGUACGGAGUUAGCGAACCGGCCCAUCAACACAUUACCGCCACAGGACCCAGCCGAGGCCGGCGAGGGCGGCGGUGCCGGCGGCGGCACUGCAGAGACCAGGGAAGGCGAGGUGGGCGAAGAUGUGGAGGGCAAAGGCAUUGCAGUGGGCGUUGCCCCUGCAAACUCGAGGCCGCCGCAAGAGGCACUCCCUCCAGACGCCGGUCCUGAAGAGGAAGAGGGCGCACCUGCGGAGCGAACGCAGCGGACAGAAACGGAACGGCCUCCGGACAAGCAGGCAAUCUUCGCUGAGUGGAAAGCGAAGGAGGGGCAGGCCUUCGAAGAUGCCUUCGAGCAGAAUCGGCAGGAGCUGCGGGAGAAGCGUUCGGAGAUGAAGGACGCGCUGAUGGCGGCCAACGCCAAGAAGAGGGAGAUCGACGAAGCCAAGGAGCGCUUGGCGCGAAAGCAGGCGGAUAAAGGCAUGGAUCCGGAGCGGGACGAGGACUGA